AUGCAGGCUGCCAUGCCUGGGGCAGAAGUCCCACUUGGCGGCGAUGUGCCUCGAGGGUUGACUGUGGCAUCACACUACGGAGCACUGGAUGAGUUUCAGGACGCUGAAGCUGCAAAGCUAGCAAAAUCCAAGCGCAGGCGUCGAGUAAAUUGUGUGCCGUUGCUGUUGGCAUUGUUGCUCCCGCAAUACACUGAGAUGAAGAUCUGCAGGAUGCGAGCAGGACCCAUCGCCCAUGUGGUUCUGCUACUCCUGGCCUCGUCCAUGGUUGCUUGGGCAGCUCCAGGCGUCGUGGUCCCGCCGGGAGAGGAGGAGAUGACGCCGGAGAAGGCCGAAGCCAUCAAACAGGCCAAAGCGUUGUUGGCGAGCCUCAAGAAUCGCACCAACAGGACGGCAAGGACUCGUGCCGACAAUGACGAGAUGCUCGCUCGUGUCAUUAGCCUGGUGAUCCACGACGCCUCCAUGGUUCGCUUGCAGAACACCGAGCCCAAUCGCUCGGAGGAUUGCACCUGGCCCAGCUGUGCGGCAUACUGCGCUCCGUGUGCAAAGACGAACCAGUAUUGGACCUGCUUUACGUCAGGAACCCAAUGCCAAGAGAACUCCGAAUGUGUCAUGGGUGCUUGCUUUGCUGAGCCAGGUUAUUGCUAUGCGGAUGCAUAUCCUCAAAUUGCAAGGUGCUGGAUGGGUGCCACUCCAGAGAAGGCCAACUUCUACAACAGCGUGAUCUUGAGGUUGGGUGCUGCACCGCCUGUGCCUCUGCCGGAAGCGACCUAUGAGGAAUGGAUGACCUGGGCUAACUCUUGUGCCAUCAUUCCCUUCCUGCUCUUUAUCUUCAGCCUGUUUGUCGCCUACAAAGUCUGCUGGGUCAUUGACUUUUCCAAGGGUGACCAAUGCGACUGGCUGCCACGCACCAGACAUGGCAUCAUCGUCUUCUCCGUCUUUUGCCUGAUCUUCUUUUUGAUCUUUCAGGUGAUCCGCUUCUUCGUGGUCCGCUCGGAUAUUCGGAUUUUGGAGGGUCGAAUGGACGACCUGCAGAGAUCGAUGCACAAUUUCCAAGAGCUCACGGACGAGCUUGUUUCGGCUGAGCACGCCUACAAUCAAUCCUUGGUCUAUGCUCCAGAUUCCUGUGGUGAGCACAAUCCGUUGGCGACGCAGCUGGUGCAGCUGUUGGCAGAUGCACUGGAGGACGAGUUCAUGCAGGUCGAUUUGAUUCUUGAGAUCGUGAGAGAGACUUUGGACACCGCGAUGGUGUUGUUGGCGAGAGGUAAAACCAACCUGCACUCAUUCGGAUAUAUGCUGAUCUACUAUCCGAUUUACCCGGCCGUGAUCAUGCUCCUGGGAAUGGCAUGCCUGCUCUGCAUCGCAGGCUUUGCUUGGAACCGGCCGAAGGUCCUGAUCAACCCAUAUUUUCGAGGUGCUCUCAACAUGCUCUCCCCAUGCAUCCUGAUCUUCGUGCUGUUUUGCGGCAUUUGUGCAUCAUUGUGCUUCUAUAUCUCCAUGCUCAUCACCGGUUACUGCUUGAACAUAGAUGACAAUUUGCAAGUGGCAUCAUCACGCAUCAAAUUUCACGAAGAGGUUGCCGAGAAGGUCAAUGUGGAGCCUAUCCUCCAACAUACUGCCGCGUACUAUCUACAAGGUGUCAAUGUGAAUCCCAUGGGGACAUUGUUGCAAAACUUUGAAGCGGCGCUCUACACGGUGAAGCGUUUGUAUGAGAUGUUUGAAUGGCUCGUGCACCUGGGCGACGUCAGUUGCCCUGGACUAGUUCGGCUGAGCCCUGUGCCCCUCUUGAAAUUGCUUUUGGAGACGACGGCAGACGGGUAUGACUUCAUCUCUGCCAAGAACAUUUGGCCGUACUACUCAGCCAUUGCUCACAAGACGGUCUGUCACCACUUUCCGCGCAACGGCAUGGGCCUAGUGUUCAUUUGCAUUUUAAUCGGCUUCAUUUUUUGCCCUUUGAUUGCAAUUACUAUCAGUAAUCACUUGAAGCAUGCUCGAUUUGGUCUAGAGAUGGCUGAGUCAACGCACGAGAACGAGAAGGUGAGCAAUGAGUUUGGCACGGUGGGCGUGAUGAUCCAGUCCAGGUUGUCUGAGCUCAGCACUGAUGAACAGGAGCUUCUCCUCAAAUCAUUGCACCAGGACGUGCUGAUGAAGAAAGAGCGGUCAAGGAGCUCUCAAGAAGUGGAUGAAAAAACAUCAGCUCUUGAGACAGAUUCUGACUCUGGCGAUCGAAUGUGUUGA